AUGAUUCACGUCCGGGCCAAGACGUGCGACCACGUGGGUUGUACUACGCGAGCUAAUUUCGGCGUCCCCGGUAGCAAGAAGGCUGAGUUCUGCAGCCGGCACGCCGAGGACGGGAUGGUCGACCUCGGCAGGAACACGUGCGGCCACUUCGGCUGUUUACGAACGCCCUCGUACGGCGUCGAGGGGUCCCAAACGAGGGAGUUUUGCCAGCGGCACGCUAAGGCCGGCAUGGUGAACGUCAAAACAAAGGGUGGUUCAAAACGGCCUAAGCCAUCAUCCGGCGUGCACCGUGCGGUCAAGCAGGAGCUGCGUGACCAGCAUGUCUCGGGAUCGACUUCGACGGCGGGUACAAGCGGCAGAGACAGCUUGGGGGUUGCGAAGCGACCUCGCACGACCGCGCACGCCCCAGGACACGCGGUACAUGGUGUUCAACACUGGGCACAGCAGGCUGAACGGCAUCCCACACACACUCACCGAUGUGUUCGACGAGAAAGUUUGCACGCACACCAUCAUGCAGGAGCUUUCCGCGCACCGAUUGAAAACUAUCAGUGCGGCCUCUGCCUGAAGAGACUCGCGGGCCCCGCUGAUGACUAGACCUGGGAUCUCGUCGACAACAGCAACCGCUGUACGUUCAAGGACCUUGAACACAGGCACACCAUUCGGCGAACUUCACCACCGAUUGGUGUGAAUCUUCACUGAUAGGUGAAUCCUCUCUCGCAGUGUGGGUCGCCGCCACCUUGUGCUUCGUUGCGAGACCCCAGCGACCUCUGGCCGCGCUCCCGCGGUUCCGUGUGCUGGAAGUGGGCGAGCGCAAGACUCUCCUCUUGUUCGCCCCGAACCUCAAAGGCGGCGACGGUGACGACGCGGAACGUGAUGAAGAUGACGAUAACUUGGAUGGCCUCUGAUUCCUUUCGGACAACUCCGAGAUGAAGGGGAAGCGCCGACUCCAGACCAGCAGCACCACGGCGACGACCAGGAGCAGGAUUUUGAGCAGGAUAAGGUUGAAGAAGACGGCCAGGAGACUGGCGAGAACAGUCGGCGUCCGGCUGGCUGAUGAUGCUAGAUCAUCAUCAGCCGUUCUGGCGAGGACCACGACGAUAUGUAUGUGGACGAGGGGGGCACCAAUAAAAUGUCGUUUUCAUUUUUGUUGACGUGUUUCCUUGGGGAAUAUCGUCUAAUAAGAAGUACUGCGGAGUAGAAAUAAUAACGGACAGACCUUCUGCUGACGAGGAAAUAUUCC